AUGACCGGCUCUUGCAUUAAGUCGUACGGUUGCCUGGACGACCUGCGAGUGUCUGGCAUUCAGCUGCCAUUACCGCCGCUGCUAAACACUUCGUCAUCGGCACAAGCGACUAUGUUUACCAACGUGGCAGCGGGAUGUACGGCUCCAUCUGCCUGUACCAAUGUUACCUGCGAGGAACCCUUCACUUGUCUCGAUGUCUGGUGGAGGCAUGAAUGUGGGUGUCCAGUUGGUUCCACCUUGACACGGGAAGGAGGCGCCUGUCACGACACUGACGAGUGUGUGUGGUCACCUUGUCUGAAUGGUGGCUCGUGCAUCAACAGGGAUCCAGGCUACUACUGCAGCUGUCCUGACUCUCACCUAGGUGAUCACUGUGAGGCGAAAGCUGGCAAGCUUCCGUCUCUCCGAUGGUCUGUGGCAGUAUUGCUGGCAUUACUAGUGUGGAGCUUCGUCUUUCUCGGUCAGUUAUCUUAUUUCCUACUUUCACCAUAAUUGUCAGUUUCCUUCUUCCACAGUCAUUGUGUCAUCAGCCCCUUUUCUUACUGCUAUUCUGACUUGUUUUAAAUCCUAAUCUGUUUUGCAUUCCUUUCUCCAAUUGUCUGUUCUCCACUUGUCGGCUGUGAACAAUUUGUUCCCAUGUUUUACGUCCUAUUUUGAUCACACUUAUAAUACGUACAGAUAAAUAAGCAACUAUGAACAGGGUAGAGAUCAGUCUGUAAAAGUAUUUACAGAAAAAGGAACUCCAAAGAAAUUAAAGAGCAUAACAAAUGAAACAUUAUAAACCAUAAACAAACUCUUUUGAUUAACAAGUCACACAGAAAUGUGAAGGAAAGAGAGGCAGAAUAUAUACGAUAGUGGGGUGAGGAUGGGACUGGUAGAACGGGAGGAUGGAGUAGUAGUAGUAGGUCCUGCUUCCCCCCCAACAAAACUUAUUCCAAGACAUUAAAUAGUGCAGGAACUGUACUUGUCACCUACAGAACUAAAGUCAGGCUAACUUAAUUCCCUCAGGAAGAAAAGCACUCAUUUCCUUUCCAAUCAAAACCUGCUGAAUGUUCAGUUCUUCCUGGGAUGACUCCAAUCCCUCCUGCCUUCUACCUUACUUGCACACCUUCUUGGCCAUCCUAGUCUGCGCCAUCCCUCUAAAUGUUCAGACCACCUCGGCAACCCAUCGUCUGUCCUCUGAAUUAUAACUUUUUGAAAACCAACAGCGUCUAAUUUCUACACUCAAAUUCUUGGCAAAAUAUUCACGGCACACAUUGCUCACAAACACGGUGGCCCGUGGCCUGGUGGCUAAAGCUCUCGCUUCACAAGGCGAGGGGUCCGGCUUCGAUUCCUGGCGAGGGUAGAAACAUUGGGCAUCACUACACCGGUUGUCUGUUCAUCAGUAAAAUGGGUACCUGGGUGCUAGUCGACUGGUAUGGGUCGCAUCCUGGGACAAAACUGACCUAAUUGCCCGAAAUGCUCUGCAUAACAAGCAGUUUUCCAUAACCCGCACAUAGAAACUUGUGAUGACGUUUCGGUCCAACUCUGACCACUAUUUAAAUUUUAUUUAAGACUUUUUUUACUAUCUUUUAACUUAAUGCUUUUUGUAUUAUUACUUGUUUAGUAUCUGUGCAAUCUGUAGAAUAGUUCUUCUGCUACCUACACUUUGUACUGCUUGUAUAAGCUCUCGUAUCACCUCCAGUGCAACAUUAUACUAUUUAUACUAUUUAUCUUUAUACUAUUUAUACAUUGUUAAACUUGCAUUAGUCAUGUGAUUGCAAACAUCGAUCCUGACAUUAAACUUUUAUUAAAUGACACGCAUGAUCCUAACAACAAUUGCCUUUAUUACACUGCUAGUCAGGCUAAGAUACUACUCAGUGCCAACAAUAACAUAACAGUAUUCAGUUAUAAUGUCAGAUCACUUAGCCUGCACUAUGAUGACCUCCAGGCACUACUGAAUUCUCUAAAUGUCAGUAUGUCUAUCAUUACUCUCACUGAAACAUGGCUAAAACAUGAUGUUACAAACAUCUAUUCCAUACCUGGCUACACAGCCAUAAACAAUUGUAGGCCAGAUCA